AUGUGGGAAUUCGCUGCGGGGGACGCCGGCGGAGCAUUUCCCACCGCGGCCAACCCGCUGCUCGGGGACGCGUUGUCUCCCGCAGGCGCCCUGCUCGGCUACCUGGCCUCCGCCAAGUUCCUGCUCUACCUGGGCCACGGGCUCUCCACCUGGGGAGAUCGUAUGUGGCAUUUCGCUGUCUCCGUGUUCCUGGUUGAACUUUACGGGAACAGCUUGCUCCUGACUGCAGUCUAYGGGCUGGUUGUGGCGGGAUCAGUUCUGCUCCUGGGAGCCCUCAUUGGAGACUGGGUGGACAAGAACUCCAGGCUCAAAGUGGCCCAGACAUCCCUGGUCGUGCAGAAUGUGUCUGUCAUCCUGUGCGGUGUUAUCCUGAUGGUUAUCUUCUUGUUUAAGACACAGCUCUUGACCUUAUACCACGGAUGGCUUCUUACGAUGUGCUAUAUCCUGGUUAUCACGAUAGCAAAUAUUGCCAAUUUGGCCAGCACUGCCACAGCGAUCACAAUUCAGAGGGACUGGAUUGUGGUGGUUGCAGGGGAAGACAGAAGCAAACUGGCAGACAUGAAUGCUACAAUACGAAGAAUUGACCAGUUGACCAAUAUCUUGGCCCCAAUGGCGGUUGGGCAGAUAAUGACGUUUGGCUCCCCAAUGAUUGGCUGUGGCUUCAUUUCGUGCUGGAACUUGAUGUCUAUGUGUGUGGAAUAUUUGCUGCUCUGGAAGGUCUAUCAGAAAACCCCUACUCUGGCUCUCAAAUCUUCAAAAGUUGAAGAAUCAGAACUGAAACAGCUGAAUGUAAAGAAAGAGAGUGACGUGAAGCCUGCUGAAGGAGUGCAGCUCAUGGUCGAGAAGGAUGCCGGCGGCGCCGAGCCACGGCGGGACAAGGAGGCCGGCUGCGCCGCGCGGAUCGCAGAGCCGUUCAUCACGUUCCGUGAUGGAUGGGUCGCCUACUACAACCAGCCGGUGUUUCUGGCAGGCAUGGGCCUCGCCUUCCUCUACAUGACUGUGCUGGGCUUUGAUUGCAUCACUACAGGCUACGCGUACACUCAGGGUUUGAGCGGCUCCGUGCUCAGCCUCCUCAUGGGGGCCUCGGCGGUCACGGGCAUCAUGGGGACCGUGGCUUUCACGUGGCUGCGCCGCCGGUGCGGCCUCGUGCGCACGGGCCUYGUUUCCGGGGCGGCCCAGUUCGCCUGCCUCAUCCUGUGCGCCAUCUCCGUGUUCAUGCCGGGAAGCCCUCUGGAUCUGACUGUGUCCCCCUUUGCUGACAUCGGUGCCAGGCUGUUUGAGAGCGAACCCUUGCCCACCAUUGCAUCUCCGGGAGAGAAGCUUGAAAUGGCUUUUGCAACUGGAAUGCCCUCCUUGUUAAACGGGUCUGCUCCUGGUGACGGUGACCCGGAGUUGAGUCCCGAGCCUGUGCCUUUGAUCUCUGUUAGUCUCCUGUUCGCAGGAGUCAUUGCUGCUAGARUUGGCCUUUGGUCCUUUGAUUUGACUGUCACACAACUGCUCCAAGAAAACGUGAUGGAAUCUGAAAGAGGCAUCAUCAAUGGUGUCCAAAACUCCAUGAAUUACCUUCUUGAUCUGCUGCACUUCAUCAUGGUCAUCUUAGCCCCUAACCCUGAAGCUUUUGGCUUAUUGGUGCUUAUUUCUGUGUCUUUUGUUGCAAUGGGUCACAUAAUGUACUUCCGAUUUGCCCAAAAAACCUUGGGAACGCAGCUUUUUGCAUGUUGCACUCCUGAUCCCAAAGCAGUCUCUGACAGCUCACCAUCUGCUGAUACAUCUACGGUCUGAAGAAUUUUGCUACGCGUACAUCACAGUUAGAUGUAUAGAAAUGGUCACAAAAAGCAGUCUAAGGUGUUUCUCUAGAGUUGAAUACAUAUUUAAGAAAGCCUUCCCAAAAGAAAUAAGUCAUCUUAUGGUGAAACCUACACAUUGUGUUUUGGACUAGGGACAACCUAGUUAGAUCUUAACAGCUGGCAUUUGAAAGGCUCCCCAGAAAUUACAGAUGAAGAAUUUCAUCAGAAAAACCUAGAAUUUCUGUCCCUCUCCUACAUCAUGAUACCGUUUGGCAGUUUUACACACUCACUUUGUCCAUAUUUGUUCCUUGAGCAAAAUUAGGUUUUUGCUUGGUUCUUCUAGAAAAGCUUCACUUUCCAUUUUCUCUUUGUCUUUUCUUUUACCUUUUGUUAUGUUCUGUUCCACAUAUUACUCUUUUACCAAACUGGAUAAAAUCUUUCUUGGAGGUCUGAAGGGGAUUUYAGACUUGUUCUAGUGUUUUACCAAAAUACACCUCUUCCGUGAUUUAACUUUACAGAAACAUCUGUGCAGCUUUUCACUAUUCCUUACAAAAUGGAUUAGCUCUAGGUACAAAAUAUUGUAUUAUGCUUUUGCACUUCAUAAAGUAAAGCAUAUAACCUCAUUUUAGUAGAAGCUAUUAAUGUAAUAUAAUGUAAAGCAUAGCAGUUUUAACUCAAAUGCCAGAUCUGCUCAGUUUUGUAGCAGAGAGUGCUAAGGUCAGGAGUACUGAUACAGAAAGGUAAGUCAAGGGCUAAUUUAGCCUUUGCCUCAGAGUACAAGCAGCUUAGGUUUAUUUUCAAAUGGCAUGGCUUUAAGAAACCUUACUAAGCUGAUGCAGAAAACGAUUACUAGUCCAGGCAAAACACAUCUGAAAAAGUGGAUUUCUUGCAUUUGUUUUACAGUUGGAUGGAUUUUACAACUUUAAGUUGAUUCUAAGAUACCUCUAGAACAGUCUCCACCAUUGGACUGUGUGGCCCUCUAGGAACUUCAGAGAAAUGGAGAAAUGUUAUCCCUUUGAUUUCAGGAAGUUCUU